AUGCAUGUGAGCUACCUUUCAGGAAAAGAAACCGGUAUGUAUCCAGGAUCCAUCAGAAGCAACAAUCACAGUCUGCCAGCACAAAACUUUGGCUCCGCAACGCCUUAUACUGAUUAUAUGGGAUAUCAUCAUGAGCAAAGUUUGGAAAACCAGGGGCAGCCUUCAGGUUGGGGAUCUCCCUACAGCAUGCAAAGGGAGGACUGGAAUGCUUAUGGCGCUGGAUCCUCCAGCACAAGCGGAUCCUCACCUGGACAGGUCUCCCAUAUUGCUGCCAAUUACAACUCCCUGAAUUCUGCAACUUCCUCGCUAAAUACAAUUAAUACAGACCAAAUCGCCCCUCACAAUCAAAGACUCAGGUCUUACGACUGGAUGAGGAAAACUGGGUCAUCUAACAAUGCGGGUAAAACCAGGACAAAAGAAAAGUAUCGCGUUGUUUAUACAGAGCAACAAAGACUUGAGUUGGAGAAAGAAUUUCACUGCAACAGAUACAUAACAAUCAAAAGGAAGUCUGAACUUGCUGGACACUUGGGACUAUCAGAGAGACAGGUGAAAAUCUGGUUCCAGAAUCGUCGCGCCAAGGAGAGGAAAAUGAUCAAGAAAAAAAUCUGUCAGUUUGAUGGAAGUGGUGGAUCCGUUCAGAGUGACUCAGGCUCUGUUAGCCCAGCUGAAAUGCCUGCCUCUUUAUUCCCGCCAUCACAUACAAUUAGUGGACUGCAGGCCAUUGAAAUCCAGCAGGUGAUAAUUGCUGAUUGACCGCCAUGAUUCUUAUUUGCAUUUUCUCUAGAAAAACUGGUUUCAUUAAUGUCAAUCCUGCUUGUGCCUCUUCACUGAGCUUCCAUCCCUGCACGAGUACUGGGGAUAAACUCAAAGUACUUGA